AAUGCGCUGAUGGCAACAGAUAAGUAAAAAGUGAGCUCCUCGGACGCACGACAACACACCAACUGAAGUGGAAAGCGGCUCCUGUUCUGCUCCUUGUCCCAUUUCGGACACUGCGUACAAGGCGGUGCGGCUCCACACUGCAGCAGGACUGAACCACAGAGAAGAAGACGGUGAAGACAGUCUCGGCUUUGGCUUGUGCGUUAAGUUUGACUCGACGGCGGUUAUUUUUUUUUUUAUUUAUUUAUUUUUUUUACUCUUUAUGUCAUCAAAUACGUAUCUUACUUUCUAGUGUUUAUAGGUUAGUCUAUUAUUUUUGUUUACCACACCAAAGGCGACAUUUACCUAAUGACGGCAGAGAUCCAGCAGCCACCCGCUCACACUCCUGCUCAGAGCAGCCCCAUGUCUGCUCCGGAGAAGCCGCACGGACAGACGGCGGUCAUGGAAACCGCCUCCUCCACCACGAAAACCAAAAAAACAAACGCAGGGAUCCGUCGGCCAGAGAAGCCCCCAUAUUCAUACAUCGCUUUAAUAGUCAUGGCGAUCCAAAGCUCUCCAACCAAGCGCCUGACGCUCAGUGAAAUCUACCAGUUCCUGCAGAGCCGCUUCCCGUUUUUCAGAGGCUCGUACCAGGGAUGGAAGAACUCCGUGCGUCACAACUUGUCUCUGAACGAGUGCUUCAUAAAGCUGCCAAAGGGCCUCGGGCGGCCCGGGAAGGGCCACUACUGGACUAUCGACCCGGCAAGUGAGUUUAUGUUCGAGGAAGGCUCCUUCAGAAGGAGACCGAGGGGUUUUAGGCGCAAGUGCCAGGCGCUGAAACCCAUGUACAGCAUGAUGAACGGCCUGGGAUUCAACCACAUCCCAGAGUCCUACAACUUCCAGGGGAGCGGCGGGGGCCUGUCCUGUGCGCCCAACAGCUUGUCUCUGGACAGUGGGAUUGGGAUGAUGAAUGGACACUUGGCAGGUAACAUGGAGGGGAUGGGUCUGUCUGGUCACUCCAUGUCACACUUGUCGGCCAACAGUGGACAUUCCUACAUGGGAAGUUGUACAGGAUCCACUGGGAAUGACUAUCCCCACCACGACAAUUCUGCCUCCCCUCUGCUCACCAGCGGGGGAGUCAUGGAGCCUCACCCCGUCUACUCGAGCUCAGCCUCGGCGUGGGCUCCUGCUCCCACGGCCUCGUUGAAUAACGGGGCUUCUUACAUUAAGCAGCAGCCUCUGUCUCCUUGUAACCCAGGGGCGAACUCGCUGCAGCCGAGUUUGCCCACACAUUCCCUGGAGCAGCCGUACCUGCACCAGAACGGACACAGCACCACAGAUUUACAAGGUAUUCCGCGGUACCAUUCCCAGUCUCCAAGCAUGUGCGACCGAAAGGAGUUCGUGUUCUCGUUCAACGCCAUGACGUCCUCGGCGAUGCACUCACCGAGCAGCAGCUCCUAUUACCACCACCAGCAGGUCUCCUACCAGGACAUCAAGCCGUGCGUCAUGUGAUGCCUCCGCGGACAGCGUGUGUGUGUCGCGCAAAGCAGCGGCUCGGUGACGCCACCAGACCCGAGUGAAUUGAACUGAAGUGAACUGAAAUGAAGAUGAGAAGCAAAUAAAUAAAAAUUUAAAAAAAAACAAAAACAAAAAAAACAACCACUGAGAGACACAGCUGAGGCGUGACGCGUCCCGGGGCCUGGACAGGAAAACCGGACUAAACGUCUUUGUGCCGUUUUUUUACGCAGCGUCAAAGACUCGGACAACAGGCCAAUCACAUCGCAACCACGUAAUAACAAUAAUAAUAAUAAUAUAUAAUAAUGCAAAACUCGUUUGUUUUCCAUGCAGUCAACAUCGACCAGCGGGGUAAAGACUGGGCUGCUGUUUGGUACUUAGUCCUGCAGAGCGGAUGACUACAGCCUACCACUCCACACACACACUUUUUUUCUACAUGUUUAUUCUUCUUCAAAUAGGCCAAUGUAAAAAAGAAAAAAGAAAAAAAUGCACACUUACUUUCUCUAUGUCGAGUUUUUAACUUUCCUCUUUUUAUUUCUGACAAA